AUGGCCACGGCCUGCACCUCACCCUAUUGCAAGCGUUGCGGCCUAUUCGGCCAUGAGGCAGACGGAUGCGAAGAGGAGUGCGAGCGGUGUGGCGGGAGCCAUGGCACACGAGAGUGUUUUCGGAAAAAAUCAUAUGUAGCCGCCGUCCGUGGCUCUCCACCAGCCAGCUCAGCUACCAUCAGGCCAUCCCCACUGCCGAAGAUGACGGCAGUUAAAUCUAACCUACAGGUCCUCAAACCGCCUGCUCAGCGCUCGUCCCCACUUGCCUCCUCGUCGGAUAUACCAGGACGAUCCAAUUACACCAAUCUGAUGAUCACCCGCGACGUGUUCGAAUAUGCCCAGGCUAAGACGGGCUUGAGCAACCACGAACAGUGGCACAGGAGGGAGGCGGCACUAGCAGCCAGGCGUGAUCUCGCCGCGGGUGCUGCCUCUGGUGCGUCGGAGCAGGACAACGACGGCACCCCUCCAACAGAGCAGGACAGCACCGAGGGUCCCGCUGAGGACCCUCCAGAAACACCAGCAGUGGCAACCGAGCAGGCCGCUGACCAGGAGCCGUCUCCUGUGGCGCCUCGAGGAACACCCGGACAAAGCAGCGAUGGCGAGAUGGCCGAGGCACCCUCUCAGCGGACGCCAACCCAAUCAGGGCGGACCGCGGCCUCGGCCACUCCUCCUCCAACACCAUCGCUGCUGUCCAACCGAGGCAGCCCGGGAGCAUCAGCCUCCGAGGCUCACGAGCCGGCGGCCAUGCAGGAGCUCUCCCCAGGCAGGGCAGAGUCGCAGAACCAUGACCGAAGCACCCAGGACUUCGGGACCCAGGAAGAACAUGCUGGUACCACGCGGCCUGAGGGCAGUGCAUGGGGCUUAGAAGACGAGACGGCAGAGCUGCGGGCAUUGAGCCGGUUGCCUGAGUCUGCUGGGGAGUGGGCACGGUUUGAAAACAUCCUCGACCGUGCCAUUGCAGCCGCAACCAAACAUCUGCGGCUGCCAGUCGGGGACUCGCGCCAAUCACGGAGGCGCGAGGUUAACCCCGACAACCCCCAGCAGAUCCAAACACUUUACCGAAGGAACCGGCGCCGGGCAGUGCGGCUGAUCACUGAAGGCCCGUCGCAGCUCUGUCCGAUCGACCCCCAUGCACUACAAGACCACUACUCGAACCUCUGGUCACCAACAACCGUGGAUACCAGCAUCCUGCGGUCAAGGCUUCCGGCCACCGAAGAACUGGACUUGUGCCCCUUUUCACCGGAAGAAGUCGCAGCCAAGCUCCGUAAAUGCGAGAGUAAAUCUCCAUGGGAGGACCGCCUCACGUACCACCACUGGAGGCAGGUGGACCCUGAGGGCAGGUUCCUGGCGGCGGUAUACAACAGGUGGUUGGGCGACCAUGCGGUACUGUCCAGGUGUCAGAAGGGCUUCCUGCCGCACGAUGGGGUGUUUGAACACAACUUCGUACUGCAGGGACGCCUGGAUGAUGCCAGGACAGGAGGUGGAGAGCUGUGCGUGGGGUUCCUCGAUUUUGCCAACACCUUCGGCUCGGUCGCCCAUCAGGCCCUCGUCGACGCUGUCCGCCGCGCCGGCGCAGGGGAGGCCUUUGCUACCAUCGUUGAAGACCUCUACCGCGCCAACACCACCUGCGUUGUGGCAGCAGCUGGCAUUACGGAGCCAAUCACCAUCGGAGCCGGGCUGAGACAGGGCUGUCCUCUGAGCGGCCUGCUUUUCAACCUGGUGGUGGACCCGGUCAUCCGUGCAGUACAGGGAGGCGAUAGGCAGCACAACAUCCUUGCCUAUGCCGAUGAUCUGACGCUGCUGGCCGCGGAUCCCACCACCCUGCAGAGCCGCUUGGACCGUGUGACUGCGCUGUCAGCCCGGCUUGGGCUGCGACUGAACGCCGCCAAGUGCCGAUCUCUACACCUGUCUGGUCGCCACCCCGUGGGUACACGGCCCACCCCCUUCACCGUGGGUGGCGACCCGAUUCCGGCGCUUGGCGACUUCGAGGGGCACAAGUUCCUGGGCCGUCCAGUGGGGUUCAGGGUGCUACCGGACGAGACGACGGUCGACGAGGCCAUCCACCUAGGCAGAAAGCUACUCUCCUCCAUGCUCGCCCCAUGGCAAAGGCUGGAUGCAUUAAAAACCUUUCUGCAUCCAGCCUUGAACUUUGCCAUGCGGGUGGGCCUUGCCAGCAAAGGAGAGUGGCAACGCCUAGACGAGGAGCUCCGCCCGCUCAUCAAGACCCUGUACGUGCCAGCCAGAGCUUCCAAUGAAUACUUGUACGGAGGCUCUCAGGCUGGCAGUGCAGGGAUCCCACUUGCGGCGGAGCUCAGCGACAUCUGCCGGGUGGAUGGCGCCUUCAAGCUACUGAUGUCGACCGACGUGGAAGUCCGGGAGCGUGCAGCAGGGGACCUAGAGGGCGUCGUGUCAAGGCGGCUAAGACGACCCGCGAACACCGAGGACAUGGAGGCCUACCUCUCAGGCGAGACGGAGGGCGACUUUCGACUAACGUCCACACAGGUCCAGUCUGUGUGGUCGAUGGCCCGGAAAGCCUCCCGUCGCCUCUCCGUCGCCUGGGAGCUCUUGGAGCAUGGGGCCCGCAUAAACUGCGGAGAGGCCUCUGUGUCAGCGAGGAACCGCCACAAGCUGGUCAAGACCAUCCGGGCGCUCCUCUCCACCGAAAGGGACAGAGCUCUGCAUGACAAACCAAACCAAGGUAAGGCGAUGGUGUGUGUGGCGGCCGACCCGGCAAAUUACCACUUCAUGAGGUCCGGCCGCUACACCCGCUUCACCGACUGGCGUUUCGUGCAUCGAGCCCGGUUAAACUUCCUCCCCCUCAACGCCACAAGACUCUGGGCACCCGCAGCCGACAAAAGAUGCAGGCGCUGCGGGUAUGGGGAGGAGACACUGCCGCAUGUACUAUGCCAUUGCAUGCGGCAGAACCGGGCCAUGACGGAGCGUCAUAACACCAUCGUCGCCAGAAUAAAAAAGGCUGCUUUGGGGAGGUUUACAGUCAUCGCAGAGAACCAGGUCGUGGGCACCACAUCACUCAAGCCCGACCUGGUACUGGCCCGUGGAGAGGAGGCACUGCUCCUGGACGUCUGCUGCCCUUUCGAGAACAGGCUGCAGGCGUUCCAGGACGCCCGGAAGGCUAAGGAGGAGAAGUACGCCCCUGUACAGCGUCAUCUCCUCCGGCGGUUCCAACGCGUGACGGUGGACGCGGUCGUCGUCGGCUCCCUUGGCACCUGGGAUCAGGGGAAUGAUCGCGUGAUGCGCAGGCUGUGCAGUAGCCAAUACCUACGGACACUCAAACGCCUGCGCAUCAGCGACACGAUCAGCGCCUCUACAAAGAUUUUUAGAGCCCACAUAGGCACCUUUUAA